UCUCUGGCAGCAGCUGAGGCCCAGGGGUGCCCACCAUGGAUUUCCAGCACCGCCCAGGGGGUAAGACGGGCAGCGGGGGCGUCGCCUCCGCCUCCGAGAGCAACCGGGACCGCCGGGAGAGGCUCCGGCAGCUGGCCCUGGAGACCAUCGACAUCAACAAGGACCCUUAUUUUAUGAAAAAUCACUUGGGCUCCUAUGAAUGCAAGCUUUGCCUAACGCUGCACAACAACGAGGGAAGUUACUUAGCACAUACCCAGGGGAAGAAGCAUCAGACCAAUUUGGCCCGCCGAGCUGCCAAGGAAGCCAAGGAGGCCCCUGCCCAGCCUGCACCAGAGAAGGUCAAAGUGGAAGUGAAGAAAUUUGUGAAAAUUGGGCGACCAGGUUACAAAGUGACCAAACAGAGAGAUCCAGAAACAGGCCAGCAGAGCCUCCUCUUCCAGAUCGAUUACCCGGAGAUUGCAGAGAGCAUCAUGCCCCGGCACCGCUUCAUGUCUGCCUACGAGCAGAGGAUCGAGCCGCCCGACCGGCGCUGGGGACCGGGUGACCAGUACCUGCUGAUGGCAGCAGAGCCCUACGAGACCAUCGCCUUCAAG